AUGUUCAACACCUUCAUCUACAUGCUGAGAUACACCGAGGAGCGACGGGCACCUCAACUGGCUCUAGGAUGUAGCCAUCUGAUCGACCAGCCUAUGUAUUUCUUCCUCAGCCUGUCGUCUGCCAUGGAUCUCUGCUGUACCCCCACCAUUGUUCCCCAGAUGAACUUAAACCUCCUUGUUGGGAGCAAAACCAUUAAGUUUUCCAACUGUUUGGCUCACCUCUUUGCUGUGCAUUUCUUUGACGGGGUUGAGAUCUUCAUUCUAGUGGGAAUGGCUUAUGACUGUUACAUUGCUAUCUGCAAACCCUUACACUUCAUGGCACUAGAUCACUUCUUUUGCGAUGUCAAGCCCCUUCUGAAACUGGUCUGUACUGACACCUAUACCAUAAACGUUUCAGUGGUUGCCAAUUCAGGGACAGCUUCUUUAAUAACUUUCUUCAUCUUGGUGAUUUCUUAUGCUGCCAUACUGUAUAACCUAAGAACAUAUUCAGCUCAGGUCAUUUACAGAGCCCUUUCCACAUGCAGCUCCCAUAUAACUGUUGUGGUUAUAUAUUUUGUUCCUUAUAUUUUCACCUACACUCUUCCUCUUAACACCAUCGGUGAGGACCAUAUGUUUGCUGUUCUUUAUACUGUGGUUGCUCCCAUUCUGAAUCCUUUCAUCUACACCCUGAGAAAAUUGGAAAUGAAACUAUGGUACAAGAAAGCAUUCUUGGGAUAA